AUUUCAGCCAUAGUACGUACCCGCCUUCUUUAGUUUAAUUGCUUUGUUGGUAUCGAUCCCAACUAUCUAUUUAUUUCUGUUUUACCGGAUCUCGAAGCUGAAUACUGAUCAUAAGCAACUAAGUGAGUACCUGGCUAGCUAGACGAGAGAUGGAUAAACAGUUUUCUGUGAAGGUGGAGGAAUGUGGAAGAAAAGGUGCCGGUGGUCAUGAUCCAUCUGUUGGUCCUGUCUACCGUAAUCUUCUUGCCAAACAUGGUUUCCCACCAAUUGAUGAUUCUCAUUUGAAUACUACUUGGGAUGUUUUC